AUGAAGAAAGCAAUCAAACAGAAAGUAAAGAUGUUAGGAGCAUUGGAAUUGGAUCGUCAGAUGAAACGCAAAUUAGAAUCCACUAAUUACUCAAUUUUAUAGAAUUUUGAUGUAUUAAAACUCUCCCAUAUUGCAGUAUUUUCGAUCUCUUUUAGGAAGACCUCAUAAACAUUAUUCUGAUGUAGAGUAAUUGAAGAAAUUCCUAUAGCAUAUACCAUAUCUUAAAGUAAUAACUGAAGGAAUGUCAAUGAGAUUGAUUGAGAAGAUCAUACAUUAAUUAUCAUUAAAAUUCUUAGCUGCAAAUAGUUAAUGUGAUUCACAAUUUCAGAUAAUGUUAACUGGAGAAAUACAAAUAGGGUAAAGAACAUUUGUUUAGACUGAUACUGUGAAUGAAGUGGGAACAGUUAUAAGAGAUGCUUGGGUUAUUGUAUUAAGUCAUGAUGGAUACAAUGAUCUUAUUAGAGAAUAUCAUGAGAAUUUGUUGGCUUAGAAAUUACAUCUAAUUCAACAAUAUUCAGUUUUUAGCAAAAUAAGUAUUUAAAGAUUGAAAAAUCAAUUGGAUUAAUUUAAAUAAGAAUAAGCUACCAACAAUACAAUUUUAUAUUAAGAGAAACAAACAGCUGAUUCAUUCUAUUUAAUAGUGUAAGGGGAAAUCAAAUUAAUACAAGAAGAUAUAGAAUUAUAAUUAUUGGGACCUAAAUGUGUUUUUGGAGAAAUGGAAUUAGUAGAAUCAAAUGAAUUAAGAUAACAUAAAGCAGUUGUUACUCAACAUACUACAUAUUAUAGAAUAGGAUAUCAUUAAUUAAAAAUUUUAUUGAAUUCAAGUUGUUUAUAUGAAACAUUUUGUUAGAAUUAUCAUAUAAGAGCAUAAUUUUGGAAGUUAAGAAAAUAAUAAUGUAAAAAAGAAGUAAUUAUACCAAUUGAUUAUUCUGAAUUUAAAAAUGAGAUACCUAAAACAUAUCAUAAUUAUCUCUCUGCUUCUAAAUUAUUAAAGUAUGCAAAAUAGAAGACAACUAAUACAGAAGAUGAUUAAAAAGAGACUAAAGAAGAUAGAAUACUUGAAUAUUACAAAUAAUUUAAUCAUCAAAUCAAAUAAAAUUUUAAGUAAAAUCAUUUACUAAGAAAAGUAUUGAUUUAAGCUAAAUAAACAAAUCAUGAUUUACCUAUUAUGAAAGGAUUGUAAUUAGAAAGAUACUUACCUAAAAAUCAUUUUACUCAUAAAAAAUCACUUAAAAUUAUUAGUUAAUUUAAUGAAAAUAUAUAUUAAAGAUUUGUAUCAGAUGUAGAAUCAUAUCCAACAACAACUACAUUUGUAAAAGGAUCAAGAUUAUUUAGUGCUGCAAGUAGAUUAUAAACAGCAGUACCAAAAUUAUUUACAAGUUCUUCAAAAUAAUAAUAAUUUAGACCAAUGACUGCAGUAAAAAGAUCAUUAACAAAUGAAGCUGAAUGA